AUGUCCCUGGGAUUUGUUUACCUAAGAUAUCGAAGGAAAGGUAAAAGUCCCAUAGAAGCAGAUAUGUUUACACAAGAAAGAAUUUCCUUCUACAAACUUUCACAGGCAACCGAUAAUUACGAUGAAAGGAACUUUUUGGGAAAAGGAAGCUUUGGAUCUGUUUACAAAGGUACCCUUGAUGAUGGGAGGGUUGUGGCUGUUAAGGUGUUUGAUUUACAAUCAGAAGGAGCAUUGAUGAGUUUUGGAGCAGAAUGUGAAGCAUUGCGCAAUCUUCGCCAUCGAAACCUCACAAAAGUCAUUAGCAGCUGCUCUAACCCUGACUUCAAAGCAUUGGUUCUUGAAUUCAUGCCUAAUGGAAAUCUUGAGAAGUGGUUGUAUUCCAGUGACUCAUCUCUAGAUAUUAUCAAGAGAUUGGACAUCUUGGUGGAUGUUGCUUCUGCACUGCAGUAUCUCCACUACGAGUGUGCAACACCAGUAGUGCACUGUGAUUUGAAGCCUAGUAAUGUCCUGCUAGAUGAAGAUAUGGUUGCCCAUGUAAGCGAUUUCGGCCUUGCAAAGCUGUUGGCUCCAGAGGAAAGCAUUGUAUACACCAAAACACUAGCCACAUUUUGCUAUCUUGCACCAGAGUAUGGAUCCGAAGGAAUAGUAUCCCCCAAAUGCGAUGUUUAUAGUUUUGGAAUCAUGAUGAUGGAAGUGUUUACAAGAAUGAACCCCAACAAUGAGAUGUUUGGUGAGACUUUGAGCCUCAGGAGUUGGGUUGUGGAUUCUAUGGCUAAUACAUUAGCUCGUAUUGUAGAUGCCAAUUUGGUAAGCACAACUGAUCGUCACUAUCUUGAGAAGCUGGAGUGCAUUUCUUCCAUCAUGAAAUUGGCUCUAAAUUGCACGAAGAAGUCUCCGGCUGAGAGAAGCAAUAUUCGAGAUGCUCUUGUGGCACUGAAAAAGAUCAAAAUUCAGCUUGUGCAAUAUGUGUAA